CAGCGAUGGGCACCGCCGCCGACGCUGAUUCCCUCUCUCUCGGUGUCCAUCGUUACCGCCGUGGCUGCCAUCGAGGACGACCCCGGCGUGGAGGACAAGGACAGGCUUCUGGCGCAGCAGCAGCUUCAGUGGAUGGGCGAGAUCGACUCCCAGGAGCCCCAGAUUGUGGAGUCCGUCAUCCCAGGAGAACCCGCGCUCGAGGUGUACACGAGGCCUUCGCGGCCGGGCGCCAUUCCUCGUCUUCAAGGGCCUUUUGACUUGCAGGCGGGCCCGGAAACAGGAGAUGACCUGGACAGCUCCAUCACAGACAUCCUGGUGAUUGGGAAGAAGACGGAGACGGAGGACCUCAUGUUGGGCGAGGAAGACGAGCUCGACUUUGACAACGGGGAUCAGGAAGGCCUCUCGCUGACUGUCAUCUGUUUGCUGUCCACGAGCGGCCAGGUCCGCAUUUACCUGGACACCGAUGGAGUACAAGCUCAGUGGCUGCCCCCCAAGGGCAAGAGCAGGCUCAGUCGCGCAGUGGCAGCGGAGACGGAACCGCCUGCUCUUCUGGCAUUCCAAGCCAUCGACACCAUGACCCCGGUCGAGGUCAACGAAGGUAGCUGGCCGGUGUUUAGCACGGACGUCAUGUCGCGAUACAACUUUUUUGUCACCCACCACGCGGCCAUCACGUUCAUCUCACUCUCCCCUUGGAUCUUUAGGCUUGAGAGCGAGCUACAGGGCGAGUUUGAAGCUGGCACGGACUUCCGUCUCGGUCUCUUGGCCAACGCGCAAUCUACCAGAGACCGAGUCUACGCGCAGCAGGCAGCAGAUGUCGCAAUCCCGCUGGCAGGCUGCGUAACCAUCCGCGAUCCCGACCUUGGCUACUUCCUCCUCUCAGCGACACCCUACGAGCCCAUUGCGCUGACUUUUGAGACGCCCGACGAUGAGCCAGUGACCGUUCGACAGGACAGCCCCGUUCACGAGCGCGAAGUCAGCAUGGCGCCUCUGGACUUUUACGAGCCGCGACCGGUCUAUUAUCCUCCACAUACCUUUAGCGAAUCGUCCGCCCUGCCAGAGCUGCUGGAGCGCCUCCGCACGUCUCGCCACAAGACCAUUGUCAAUCAGGAGGUGAAGCUCAGCCCGCUCACGCUGGCCAUCUUUACCGACGCACACAAGGUUCUCAGCGACGAGACAUAUCGGCUGGGCGUGGCGGCGGCCGAGGUCUUUCGUCGAUGCGAACUGUUACAAGCGGAGCUACGGCAGCAGGUCAGGAAGGCCAACGAGGUCAAGGGCAAGAUCGACACCAUCAACGGAUCUCACAGGGAGAACAACGAACCGGACAAUGCAAUGUACGAGAGGCGGAUCAACGAGGCCAAGGAGCGGCAGGAGAGGCUGACGAGGCGGAUGGAGGAUCUGCGCAAGACGGUCAGCAAGACGACAUGGCGUGAUCUGAGCGCCAAGGAGCGAGCGUUUGUGGAAGAGGUCAAGGCGAUGGAGGCUAGCGUGUCUGGGCCUCCUCCGGGGGCUGAGGCCGGGUCGUCGAGGAACCAGGCGAAACAGGUAUGGAGGCGGCUGGAGGAGGUCAAGAGGCUGCAGGCAGAACUGGUGGCCGAGGCCGAGGCGCUGAAAAACGCGAGCGGCACCGAGUCCCCGGCCAGCGUGGAGCAGCUGCGCAUUCCCCAAGACAUACGACGCAGCAAGCUGCAGCAGGUGCAAGGACUGCUGUCCCGCGAGUCUGCGCUAGUCGAGGCCGUAACGUCACGACUGGAGCGGCUCCAGGCCAGCAUUUGA